AUGUCUACACAAACACAACCUCGCACAGGCAGUAAUGCGCAACAACAACAAGCCCUCGACAUAUCGACCCUACCAGUCGAGCAACUAUCCCAACUCCAACAACGCCUAUCACAAGAACUAGAACACCUCUCAAACUCCCAUGCUCGCUUACGUGCAGCUCAAGCACGGUUCAAGGAUUGUAUACGCAGCAUUAAAGACGGCGUGCAGGGGAAGACGGCUGAAACUCCCCUCCUCAUCCCUCUAACAACCUCCCUAUACGUCCCCGCUCGCCCCACAAAAACCGGCACAGUCCUCGUAGACGUCGGCACCGGGUACUACGUCAGUAAAUCCACGUCCGCAGCGACCACGUUCUACGAAGGGAAAGUAAAAGACUUGGACAAGAAUUUGUCGGAUAUUGAGAGGGCGGUGGGGGCGAAGAAUGGGGAUUUGAGGGUUGUGGAGGAUGUUUUGAGGGGGAAGGUGCUGGCGGAGCAGCAGCAGGGGAGACAGGGAGGAGGUGGCAAGGAUGGAGAACAGGGGAUACCGAAGGGGAAGUGA